AUGGCUUCUGGCGACCAUCCAUCCGAAAACAAUUUUCGAUUUAUCGAUGUGGCAGCUGAGAAACAUGAUAUACUUCUUCCCAUCGAAGGACAUGAAAAAAUGCCUCUUGUCACUCUCGAAGAAGCUGUAGUACCAUUGAUCUCAAUCCUUCCCGAUAUUCGUCGCAAGGUACAUACAGCAAAACUAAAGUGUAAGAAUCCUGCCGAUGGAUUAACAUCUGAUCAAUCAGCUGCCAUUAUGCUUUAUACCAUGGAAUGGGAACCACAAAAUGAAUGUCUAUAUUUUGUCUUGAACGAACACCUACGAGCAGCUGAUCGAAAGAAACUCAAACCAUGGUUUCUUUACCUGAAACUUAUCUUAACAGGGCUUUCUCGUCUACCAUCAGUUCAAAGAACUGUCUAUCGUGGUGUCAAACUCGAUUUAAGUGCACAACAUCAUGAAGGUGAACAAUUCUUUUGGUGGGGCUUUUCAUCAUGUACAAAAAAAAUGAAUGUUCUAAAGUCCGAUCAAUUUCUUGGAAAAACUGGUAAACGUACUUUAUUUCUUAUUGAAUGUGUAAAUGGGAAAUAUAUCCGACGUCAUUCAUAUUAUCAAAAGGAAGAUGAAAUAUUACUUUUACCUGCUACUUAUCUUGAAGUUGUGACAUGUUUUGAAAUGGCAUCUGAUCUUCAUGCAAUUCAACUGAAAGAAAUCAAGCCUGACUUUCCAUAUUUAGAACCCGUAGUUUGAUAAAUAUUUUGUGAUGAUGAUUAUUAUAUAGACAAGAAACUUUUUAAAAUCUUUUUCUAAUUUCAGAUGCAGAUUAGUAAAAACUAGAGAAUAACAGUUACAUUAUCUUAAACCCCCCACUCAAAAAAAGUCAAUUCUCGUCAAAAAUUUCGAAAUUGAGAUGAAUGCAUGGGAAGAUAGCCUGUCUUUUGCUCUUUCAGAAACACUAUUGUUUUUUUCUUCGGCACCUCAUCUUUGGCCAACAUUUUCGAUGAUUUUCGUUAACCCUACUUGAAAAAUAUGCUUAUUUUUAAAAAAAAGAAAAAUAUUUUUCGUUUUUUCUCGAUUUAUGAUUUUUUAAUCUUCUGACAAGGAAUUCUCGGUCCAGGCUGGGUGUGGGUAUGGUUGUGGGUGUGGGGUGUGGGUGUGGGUGUGGGUGUAGGUGUGGAUGGGGGUGUGGGUGUGGGUGUGGGUGUGGGUGUGGGUGUGGGUGUGGGUGUGGGUAUGGGUGUGGGUGUGGGUG